GCGCACUCUGCAUUCAACGAAAUAUCGGUGGAGUCGCACACGACUUGCCGUCUCUGCGGUUGCCCCACGUGCCGUCCACAUACUCACUGCUUCCAUGUCGCCCUUACUACCCACGCUCAACAUGUCUGUCAUCUCGCUCGACAGCGAAGAUGCAUCGGCGCCGUUGGGCUCCCCCGUGAAGAAGCAGCGCACGUGCCUGGACCAGUUGAAAUCGUCCGAAGACUUGCAAGACGCAAUUGCUUUCGUGCAAAAGUCGUGCACGCUGGCAAAACGAUGCAUGGACUUGCAACAAUACGAGUGCGCGUUUCGCAUCUUGGCCAAGGUUGAAGAGACGACGCAACGAAUUGCAAAGGAAUCGCGCCGCGGCAUUCUGUCGAAAGUCAACCAACAACACACCCGAACGUACAGUGCCGACGCGGACGAUGACGAAACGUAUAGCCGCGUACGCAAAGUGUCCUUCUCGGACGAAGUCUGCGUCGGCCUCGCCGAAGACAUUGACCGCAGCAUCUCGCCGAUUCCUCGACCUAGUGUGCAAGAAAUGCUGUUUGUCCGUGCAUACCGCGACAUUCCGACUGCGAACUUGUCCGAUUAUUGGAGCGACUAGUCGAGCGAAUGCCUCUCAAUCCUAUUUAAUAUUUACGGCAUGUUGGCCUUCACGCAUGUUGCCUCUGGGCGGCCCGUCGACACGAUCAGUUGCUGCAUUUUUGCACGCAAGUAUCCGGAUAACCA